AAUUCAUUAUUUCUGAAACUUUUCCUAAAUCGAAAUCACAGAUGAAAGCGAACAUGUCUUCUGCUUCCACUCGAUGCAGAUCCUUCUUCGUCUUCCCAAUUCUCUUCGCCGUCGUGUUGCUGAGUCUUCCGAUUCCUUCCUCCGCCGAUACGCGCCACGUUAUCAACUUCCGAUCGCCGGGACUCUACCCGGAGGGACUAACCUGGGAUCCAAGGGACCAGCAUUUUCUAGUCGGUUCCCUCCACAGCCGCACAAUUCAUUCCGUCUCCGACGCUGGAGUCAUCGAAACCCUAAUUUCCGAUCUCGAUCUACCGGAGAACGCCACUAUCCUCGGCCUCGCCGUUGACUCUACGAAUCGCCGUCUGCUUGCCUGCAUCCACAGUUUGCCGCCUCUCCCUCCCUUCAGUGCCCUAGCCGCCUACGAUCUCCGCAACGGAGGCCGUCGUGUAUUCCUCUCUCCUCUCCCGUCGCUUCCCGGGGACGACGAAGACAUCGCUCGUGAUGUCGCCAAUGACGUGGCGGUUGAUUUCAAAGGCAACGCUUACGUCACCAACUCAGCCAAAAACUUCAUCUGGAAAGUCGAUCGCGACGGCGCUGCCUCGAUCUUCUCCAGAUCGCCGCUGUUCAAUUCGCAGCCUGUGGCAGCAGACGCGGACGCAAGUUUCCGCGAUUGCGGCCUGAAUGGGAUCGUUUACAUCAGCAAAGGAUACCUCCUGGUGGUGCAGAGCAACACAGGGAAGGUAUUCAAAGUAGACGAAGAGAGCGGGAAUGCGAGGCUGGUGUUGCUGAACGGAGAUCUGAUUGCGGCGGACGGGAUGGCGAGGAGACAGAGAGACGGGACAAUCAUGGUGGUGUCGCAGAAGAAGCUUUGGUUACUCAAGAGCCAAGACAGUUGGAGUGAAGGAGUGGUUUAUGACGAAAUUGACCUCGACCUUGAGGGCUUUCCGACGGCGGUGACGGUGGGGGAACGGGAUAGGAUAUAUGUGUUAUACGGGAGAGUGAUGGAGGGGAUAAUGGGAAGCUACAAAGAAGAAGGAGCGAGGGAAUGGUUUGGUAUAGAAGAGGUUUGGUCGGAGAAGGAAGGUGGUGAAGAUAAGAUUUGGUUAUAUGUGUUGAUCGGAUUUGGCUUCGCUUACUUCUGUAUCUGGAGGUUUCAGAUGAAGAAGCUCAUCACAAACAUGGACAAAAAGAUCACUUAGUCCUUCUAUUCUUAGCUUCAUCAUCUUCACUUUUUUAUUAACACGUUUUGUAAAAGGAAACCUAGCACAGAACAGCAGCAUGUAGUGUUGAAAUGAAAGCUAUUGAUUGAU